GUAUGUCGCAUGCGUUCUCCGAAACUUCGCGUCGCGUUCUGACCCGUUUCCCACCGUGCCAACCGCGUCUCUCCUCGCAAGGGAUUGACAGCAGGCUGUGGUCGCUUGUUCCGUGCCGGUCAAGCACAAGAGAGAAUGGGUCGAGAGCAAGAUAGGCGAGCCUUGCCUCGUCCGAUUUCCGGGUCCCGGGUCCCGGGUCCCGACGCUUCCAGCUUCGGACUCUGGGUUAGCCUACACGGGGGGGUUAGGGUAAUAGGGAGAGAGACCUAGAUAGGGCAAAGUAGAGCCGGUACAUCAUACCAUACACUUGCAUGGCAUCGUGCUUUAUGAAGUGAGCGACAUUGCGGUGUGCAGAGAUCCGUGGCCGAUGAGGAUGCAUUCGUGACAGGGAAGCGAUUCCACAGCCCGCGACUCGAGCUAUACGCAUCCCACGACUCCAUCAUCAUCAUCGCCGUAGUCGUCGCAUCAUGACCGUCGCCUCCGUCUCUGCGUCAUCCGUGAGCCCUCCUGCCUCCACUCGCACCUCAUCACCUGGACCGGAACCGGGACCCCUGCUGGCGACACUGACGGGUGUUCAACAUGCAAGCGCAACCGUUUUCGCCGCCUUCCUAUUCGUGCACGUUGCAGCACCCAGUGUCUCGCUUCUUGCGUGCUCGCGAGAUGCCUCCGGUGCAGCUGAAUUGGCGAGCAAGACGAUGAUUCUUGGCAGAGUCUACUACCAAACAGCGCUGACGGAGUCGAUCUUUGUCUGGGCACCGCUCGCAGCGCAUGUUGGCGCUGGCGUAUUGAAGCGGCUCGUGCGGGCGUAUUUCAAGUGGCAGCGACGGAGCCAGAGCACGUUCAGGCGCAGACAGAGCCGCAAGGGCAAAGAGAAACCGCAGUCGGCCGACGCGGACGAUGACUCCCAUGUUCACGGCGGCGUUAGCCCGUAUACGCUCUCCACGCUGCGAGCCAGCUUCCCGCCCCUGACGCUGCACACUCUCAGCGGCUACGUGCUCUUCCCACUUGUCUUGCAGCACGCCGUCCUGAACCGCAUCGUCCCGCGAGCAUCGCACCCCCCAAUCCACAGCCUGAGCCCGUCGGAGCUGGAUUACACGUACGUCUCGUACGGCCUGCACGCUCACCCACUGCUCACGGGGGCGUUGUACGCCACGCUCGUGGGCGCCGGCAGUCUGCACGCUGCGCUCGGCGCCAAGGCCGUGUGGACGCGGCUGCGCAUACGGAUGGGGACGCGCGCAAGGGCAAUGCCGUCGACAGGAACAGAAUGCGCGGCCGAGCCCGAAGCAGGGGCAGAACAGACAGCGCAAGCCGUCCCAACGCAGCAACAGCAGCGCCGGCGACGGUGGAAAUGGAGUGCAGAAGCCACCGCAGCGGGAUCUGCUACGGUUGUCCUGCUUGCUGCGCUGCUGCGUCUGCGCAGCGAGGCGGCUGCCGAAGUGCAGGGCUUGCCGAGGAGCAUGGUCGCACGGUACACUGCCUGCUAUAGCCUCGUAUGGCCGUAUAGUUCCAUCCAUUGAUAGCAAGUCCGCACAGCAGUAGCAGCAGCAACAGCCGUCCCCGGUCCUGCGCCCUCAGGCCAGCGUUCGUGAGACAGGCAUUCUCUAUGCCAUGAUGAUAUAGCACGUAUAAUAGGAUACAACACCCCUGCGCAUGGGUUGAAGCAAGCAAGAUGCAAAGCAAAGGAAAAACAAAGAGAUGAUGGAUGAUCGACGAUGAUGGGCUAGCUUCAGAAGGUCGAAUGCCCCUGUCGUCGAUAUUGCUCUUAAGUGGGUUAGUCUUGCAGCAAUGCGAUGAGCUGGCUCAAGGUUCGAGUGACUGUUCGUAAUUCUUUAAUGUCACGAUCGAGCGCCCCCGACACCUGCGAGCGCGUCCUCAACGUCCGCCUCGUCAGCAUCCCC